AGGAAGUGGGAGGCCGGCGGCCGUUCUGGGGAGGCCGAGCCCCCGCUGUUUCGGCCUGGGCCGCUCCUGCGUCGUUGUCUCCACUCCCUCGGCUUCUGCCGCGUUACCCUGGCGGCUUCCAGUUCCCACCGCGCUCUCAGCCUACCAUUCACCCCUCUCCCGCCGCUCGGCUUGGAAGCCCAGUCUCUAUUCCCCCGCCUCUCGCACUUCGCUUCCGAGUUUCCCUUCCGCGCUCCUGCACUUCUUCGUUUCCAACACCCCAGAUCACCACUUUAGGGUCAUCGUGCCUGUUUCUCUCCCAUUCUCCUCCCCAACGAAACCCUCGGAGCCCGCCACCUUGGUCCAUCGCACCCCACGCGCGCGAAAGCCGCUGACCGAGGACCGAGGCGCGGUCGGCACCGGCGUGGUGACGAGCCUGCCCGCUGAGGUGACGCGCCCGGACCAGAGUCGUCGCCACGCAGAUCAUUUCUAUGCAGUGGAAUCUCCAAGAACAAUUUUCAAAUCCAGAGGUCUCCGUGUUGAUUAAUUAAGACAAAAAUAAAUAUGGCCUACAGUUGUAAUUCAGUCUUGGCAAUAGCCUGUAUGAGGUUCCCCAGCCCUUUUGCCCUGCGCAUGUGCCACUCUCCUUCCCCAUCACUUGCACUUCUUCACCUGCCAGAUCCUUACUUGAACAAGACACAUGGAAAGCACUACAGGAGCAAGAGGCACUCUUAUCCCAGUUGGGCGGGCAUGGCAGCACUUCCAGUCCGAACUAGACUCGAGCAAAAGCUGCAUACCUCAGCUUCCUGGUUACAACAGGGCUCUGGGGAGCCUCCCCUGGAGCAAACCCCAGAAAAACCCAAGGCAUCAAGUCCUCAGCCCACAGAAGACACUGGGACGAAGAUUAAAGAAGGAAAACGAUCUUAUAGACAAAAAAUUGUGGAUGAACUUAAGUAUUAUUACAAUGGAUUCUACUUACUUUGGAAUGACACCAAAGUUGCUGCCAGAAUGGUGUGGAGACUGCUGCAUGGACAGGUGCUGACCAGGAGAGAGAGACGAAGGCUGUUGAGAACCUGUGUUGAUUUCUUCCGUUUGGUUCCAUUCAUGAUAUUCAUAAUUGUACCCUUCAUGGAAUUCUUGAUACCAGUGUUUCUGAAACUCUUCCCAAAUAUGUUGCCGUCAACUUUUGAAAGUGAAUCCAAAAAGGAAGAAAAACAGAGAAAGAAAAUGGCUGCAAAGUUGGAACUAGCAAAAUUUCUUCAAGAAACAAUUACAGAAAUGGCCAGGAGGAACAGAGCCAAGUUGGGAGAGGCCUCUACACAGCUGUCAUCCUAUGUAAAACAGGUCCAGACAGGCCACAAGCCCAGCACAAAAGAGAUUGUUCGCUUUUCCAAACUCUUUGAGGACCAGCUGGCUCUGGAGCAACUAGAUCGGCCUCAGCUAGUUGCCCUUUGCAAACUGCUAGAAUUGCAAACCUUUGGAACCAACAAUUUGCUUCGCUUUCAGCUUCUGAUGACCUUGAAGUCUAUAAAAGCAGAUGAUAGAAUAAUUGCCAAAGAAGGGGUGAAAGACUUGAGUGUGUCAGAACUGCAAGCUGCCUGUAGAGCCCGAGGCAUGCGGUCCCUGGGCCUCACUGAGGAACAACUGCGACAACAGCUCACAGAGUGGCUGGACCUGCACCUGCAGGAGAAUGUGCCCCCAUCUCUGCUGCUGCUCUCUCGCACCUUCUACUUGAUAGAUGUGAAGCCGAAACCGAUCGAGAUACCGCAGCAUGUAACUGAACUCUCAGUUCUGAUUUUUAAGGACGAAGAGUUGAAGCAGCGGCCACCUGUACCAUCAUCACCGAAGCCACCAUCAACACCUAUCUCGUUACCCAUCACUUCUAAAGAAGCAGUCCUCCAGGCCAAACCCCCGGAGACAUCCCAGAGCAGUAAGGCCAGUUCAAAAGGAGCCUAAGGAUGACUUGCCUCAGAGCAUGCUGCGGUCUCCAUCAGUGCUGGGCAGUGGGCUUGUGAAAGUCAUCCAGCUCUGCCUCUGCUGUAGCUAAAGGAUUGGCUGUGUAGUCCCGGGGAUAACCCUGGGGCUUUGUAACCUUUGGGGGUGAUGUCUGCUGUGACACCUUUUUCAGGCCUUAUAGAGAAAUGCCACUGCAAAGUUUAUUUCCUGUGGCAUUAUCAUUCCACUAAACCUUUUCACAGCCUACCCCACAAUGUGUCUCUAAACAGCUUCCUAUGUAUGUGCCUCUCUUCAGUCAGAUUCUGGUUAUUGCAUAAUGGGAUCCACUCAACACCCUGGAUACUUCUGCAGUUGGUGAUGUGGAGCCCUGAGUAGGAACUUGCAGGCUUCAAAAGCCAUCUUCUGAGCACAUGGCCAGCUUUUUCAGGAUGACUCAUCAGGAGAGGCAGUGCUGUAGAAGUAG